ACUGUUUCUUGUCUCAACCUACUAUCUUAUACAAGUAUGCACAAAUAUACAGGAAAAAAGAAUAUUGAAGAAAAGAAGGAGAAAAAUAACUAAGAGUAGAGUAAAUAGAGAAGAAGUAUAUUAAUCCUAAUGGUUCUUUUUAUUAAUAUUAUUAGUCCAAAAGAUGGAAAAAAGAUUGUGACCCAAACAUGUACAUUACUAGUUAUAGAUUUGGAUAGAAUAGUGAAGACACAAAUAUUUUGUUGUUGACUAAUAAAUUUCAUUAGUUAGUUGCUUAGCAAAAUUUGUUACACAUAUUGAAUAUCUUAUGUUCAUACAUGAGUAGUGCUCAUUAAAACAUCCUAGUGAUUAUUUUUUUAAAUGUCCAAUGUUUCACAUUAAAUUUUAUCCAAUUAGAACAGUAUUAUUUUUAAUAUGUUUAUUACAUUUAAUACAAGCUGAACGAGUUCGAAGAUUAAAACGUCAAGCUGAAGAUGUACCAAGUUCUGGAGUUAAAGGUCCAGCACCAUUUGGUGUAACAACCUAUAGAGUUGGUGCAAUGGGAGUUCAAGGAGAACGUGGACCACCAGGACCACCGGGACCAGAUGGUCCACCUGGUGCACCAGGUUCGCCGGGACCACCAGGGAAAACAGGUGGACCAGGAAUUCCUGGACCUAUUGGAUUACCUGGACCUCCAGGUGCAGAUGGAAAACCAGGUCGAGAUGGAGAAGCUGGAAAUCCAGGUGCAUCAGGUGAAGUUGGCCCACCAGGUCCAUCAGGACCAACAGGUCCACCUGGAUUAAAAGGACCUGUUGGAUUGAAGGGUAAAAAGGGUGAAAGAGGUGAUCCAGGGAGAGAUGGUGUUGAGGGUAUUCGGGGAGAUAUUGGUGCUCCUGGACUUAUGGGACGUACUGGUGCUCGUGGAGGAGUUGGACCUGCUGGUCCAUCAGGAACACCGGGGCAAGUUGGUCCUGCUGGAGCAGAUGGUCUUCCUGGAGCUCAAGGUCCACCAGGUCCACAAGGUCUUCCAGGAGAACCGGGUGCUAUUGGUCCAACUGGUGAUCAAGGAGAAGUUGGUGAAGUUGGAAUACGUGGAGGAGUUGGUGAGCCUGGUAAACCUGGACUUGAUGGGAAACCUGGACGACCUGGGGAACAAGGAAUUCAGGGUCCACCUGGAAAAGAUGGAAUACAAGGACAAAAAGGUGACAUAGGAUUUCGAGGAGCGCCGGGACAAGAAGGUAUGCCAGGUCCUCGAGGAGCACCUGGCACAUCAGGUUCACCGGGUGAACAAGGAGCUAAGGGAUCCAUUGGGGUUUCUGGACCUCCAGGGAAUCGUGGACCUCAAGGAAACUCUGGUCCACCAGGUGUUAUAGGACCUCGUGGUUUGCCAGGUCCUCCUGGAGAAGUUGGAAAACCUGGCAUUCCUGGUUCUCAAGGUCCUCCUGGGGCAAAGGGAUCGGCUGGAGUGGCUGGUUCUCCCGGUGCUCCUGGUAGACCAGGUAUUGACGGAAGACCAGGUGUGCCGGGACCCGCAGGGAAAAGUGGCCCAAUGGGAAAAACUGGACCAAGAGGAGAACCAGGUCAAGCAGGACAAGAUGGCAAACCAGGGAGGAUUGGUCCCCCUGGACCACCAGGAGAGAAUGGACGGGAUGGAAUUCCAGGUUCUUCCGGUCCACCUGGCCCACCCGGUCAACCAGGUAAAGCUGGAUCAAGUGGCCUUCCAGGAACUACAGGGGCAAGUGGCCCACCAGGGUUACAAGGAGAUAUUGGACAACAGGGUCCUCAAGGUGAACGAGGCCUUCCUGGAUCUGUAGGCUUUCCUGGUCCAAAAGGAGAAAAAGGUGAAAAAGGUCCGUUAGGUGAGGCUGGUGCUGUUGGUGAUGCAGGUCCUCCAGGACCUCAAGGAAAACAAGGACCGAUUGGUGAAAAAGGAUUUCAAGGUUUGAUUGGAAAUGUUGGCUCCCCCGGUUUACGAGGACCACGAGGAGAUCCUGGACCGUCUGGUGACCCUGGUAAAGACGGAACGCCAGGCGUAGACGCGCCAGAUGGUGAAGUCGGUGCAGCAGGUCCAGAGGGGCCACAAGGUCCCGUAGGUCCAGCGGGUCAACCAGGAGCUCGAGGUUUGCCUGGUGCAAAAGGAGAACCUGGCAGUAUAGGACCAAUCGGGAUACCUGGAAGAAUGGGAGUAAUGGGAAUACCGGGAGCCCCAGGACCCUCUGGUCCAAAUGGCCCGCCAGGUUUUAAAGGCGAUCGAGGCAUUUCAGGAGCCCAUGGAAUUCCGGGAAAAGAUGGCCAGCCUGGAAGUCCUGGACCUAUAGGUGCUAGAGGUCCACCUGGUGCAAUUCAUGUGGGUGGGAGGUCACUAGGAAUUAUGGGGCCACCUGGUCCAGUUGGGGAUAAUGGCGUGCAAGGAGAUGUCGGAGUUCCUGGAAUGGCUGGACAAAGUGGUCCAGUCGGUCUUCAGGGCCCAAGUGGAGCACAUGGCAAACGUGGACCACCGGGUGCACCUGGACCACCAGGGAGCCCAGGUGCAAAUGGUCGUGCAGGAACUAGAGGUCGAGCCGGUAGUGCAGGUCAGUUGGGUGGGCAAGGUCCUCCUGGUGUUCAAGGUCCAUCAGGCAUUCCAGGAGUCAGAGGACCUCAAGGCCCUCGUGGUCUGCCUGGUAGACAAGGUCCUCAAGGAAUUCCGGGAAAAGCUGGGUUAAGUGGCCCACAAGGUGAAACGGGUUUACCUGGAAAGCCAGGAAAACAAGGUCCGACGGGACCACCUGGACCAGCCGGAAAAGAUGGUGAUCCCGGAGAACCGGGUUCUCCUGGAACAGUAGGUGAACCUGGAGAUAUUGGUAGUCCUGGAGCACCUGGACGAGAUGGUCCAAUUGGAAUGAUUGGUAUGCGUGGAUCAUCAGGAGGACCUGGACCAAGAGGACCACCUGGUCCACCCGGUCUAAGUGGCCCACAAGGAGCAGCUGGACCAACUGGACCACAAGGUCCUCAAGGUCCAAGGGGAUCGAAAGGAGCCAAGGGGCCACCUGGAUCCGAGGGCCCGGAAGGACCUCCAGGAGAAGAUGGAGAGCAAGGACCUGAAGGUUUAGCUGGACCUCCUGGUGAGCCUGGACUUGAUGGACCACGAGGACAAAGAGGUAUUCCAGGUCCCUUGGGCCCAGUUGGAGAAGUUGGACAACCUGGCCAAGAUGGUCGUCCUGGACCACAAGGAGAACGUGGUGUUUCCGGUAAACCAGGACUUCCAGGACCCCCUGGAGUGAAAGGAGCUACUGGUGAAACUGGCCCAGACGGACAGGAUGGAUCAAGUGGUCUCCCAGGAAGCCCAGGUGGUCGAGGUCACCCUGGAUGGUCUGGACCACCUGGACCACCUGGUCCUCCUGGUCCCGAUGGUGUACGUGGAGAUCCUGGAGAAAUUGGUUAUCCCGGGAACCCAGGGCCACCAGGUGAUAGUGGACCUAUUGGUGAGACCGGAACCAAAGGUCCUAAAGGACAAAGAGGAGAAGCAGGACCACCUGGUCCACCAGGUCCUUCAGGAAGAGAUGGAUCGUCUGGCCCUCCUGGACCGAUGGGGCCUCCAGGACCUCCUGGACCACCAGGAAUGCCAUCCGUACAACUACCAACAAUCAGUCGGAAUACAAAAGCUGGAAAUAUCUACGCAGAUGAUCCAUUGGCAGGAAGAAUUAUGGGAACGUAUGAGCCUUCAAGACCAAGAGGAACAAGAUCUGCACCUGCUUUAACAUGUAAACAACUAGGUGAAUAUAACAAGAAUCUACCUGAUGAUUAUUACUGGAUUGAUCCAAAUGGUAAUGAAAUUAAUGAUGUUGUACAAGCUUAUUGUAAAUUUAAAACAAGUGAAACAUGUAUUCGAUUAAAACAAAAAACGCUAAAUUCAAAUUAUCCAAACAGCGAAAAUUCAACUGAAGAAGAAAAUAAUUUAGGAAGUCAGUUUUAUGAAUUAAUAUAUGAAUUAGAAGGGAAUCAAUUAGAAUAUUUAAAAUAUCAUAGUUUAAUAGGUACACAACAAAUUUAUGAAGAUUGUUCAAUCAAAUCAAAUCAUAGAUUAUUAUCAUCAUCAAAUUUAUUCAUUAAAUUAUUUACAAAUAAUGGGAAUGAACUAUCUUAUGAUCAUCCAUAUCUUGGAUAUGAAAUUAUUCAAAAUAAUUGUCAUUUUCCAGCGGGAUUAAAAAGGUCCGCUUUUCUGAUAAAAGGUUCAACAGCCCGAUUUCCAAUACGUGGUAUUGAAUUACUCAAUCCGAAAAUCUCUGAAAAUUUAGUUCAGAUAGGAGAAGUGUGUUUUCAAUAAAUAAACAAACUAAAAAGCAUGAAUAACUAAAUAUCCUUUUAAUUAUGAGGUUGUGUGUUUGUAAUUAUCAAAGAAUAGAUGGAUAUGCAUUUUGAUUUUCUUUCAAGUCUUUUUUAACCCUCUUCUUCUACUGACUGUGUUUGCGUAAAUGAUUUUCACUUAAAUUAGAGAACAAUAAAUCACUAAUUGAAAAAAGAAUAGAGCGAAAUACACAUAAUCAGGACUGUUUUUUCCCGAAAAAAUAAAACAUUAAUAACAAAGAAACUAUUAUUGUUCUCUGCUUAAAGUUCCUACCUAGAAAUUAUUUUGACUUAAUGUUUUAUACUACUAAGAAGUAGGCAAAUGUAAGUAAUGCAAUUUACGUAGGAUUUUGAAUGUUGCAUAGAUGGAUGAUAAAUUUAGUAUUUGAUAUGAAGUGAUAAUGACAGAAUAACAGAGUUAAUUGUCUACGAAAGCGACUUUCCAUAGCAUUAAUAAAUGAUUAGAUAUAAAUGCUAGAAAUCACUUUUCAUUUUUCGCAUUUUUCUCAAGUAUUCAUUUUCUCUAUCAUUUGUUUGGAAAGGUUUGAUAAUGAAUUAACUAAGACUGAUUUGUCUGUAAGACGUCCAACAGUUGCCGCUGAACAAUUUAAAUACAUAUUAUUUGAAAUUCAGCU